UGGCGCUACGAUUGGUUCAGUUGCAAUCUUGUCGUCAUGGAGUGUGGUUGUGACGCAUGAUCCAUGUGUACUAAAAGUGCCAGUAUGAUGACCUUCCUGCAUAUCCAUUAAAGUAAAGAAUACAUCAAUGUAUAUUAUUGAUCUCCGUGUUUGAAACAAUAAGAAAUACCCAUUGGGUUCUAAUUGUCUUAAGUUCGUUGUAUCGAAUUUAAGUUCAUAGACCUGGAGUCUGGACUGCUGGUCGCUGGGAUAUUCAUUUGCCCCAACGACUGAAGACUGGAUGAUCCGUUGCUUGAGCCUCUGAGAUGAUAACGUGGAUUUCUAUGAUUCAUACGCACCAUUAAGAUGACUGCCGAGAAUACGAAAAAUUGGGAGGGAGGCAGCCUACGCAGCUCGCUCGACUCCAACGAUGAACUUCACUUCGACGAUCAAAAUGUCUACCGACGACAACCUGUGCAUAAAAUCACAAAUAAGCCACCCACGGACCGACGUUCCCUCACAGAACCCGUGGGUGUAGCAGCAAUUUCGGUGCUCCGUCGGAACGUGUCGGCCCCGAGCAUGUCUGAUGACAGGGCGCUGACCGUUGGUCUCCCUUCUGUUGAGGCCGUACAGAGCAAUCCCGGCAGGGUCGUUGAACUGCUCGCCAAGUACCAGUCUAAAGUUCGCGAUAGCAAACGUAUGCUGUCAAGACUACGGCUCCAAAAAGACGCGCAGCUAAAUAUAAUCAAAACCCAACUUUUCUACUUGGAAUCACAACUGCGGAAAGAACAGAAAGAAAUCCUCAGUAAAUUGGACCAAAGAGAUGCCACGAUAGCGAGCCAACAGCAUGAAAUAACUAAAUUGCGCAAAGAUAAUCGGCGUCUCAUGAAUCGACUAAAGAAACUCAGUGAAGGCCAAGAGACCUCUUCGGGAGGGGGUCAGUAUUUCACGACGAGUGCCUGCAGUUCAUCCGAGUUCAGCGAUGCUUCCAUAUAUGGGACACUUUUGCCCAGGUCCAGCGGCGUGUCAACUUCCAUGAUAGAUCUACCAAGCAGACUCUCCCCUAGUGUAUCUAGUGUGCCGCGAGAAAUUGGAUGCACUGUUGGCAGCAAUAACAUAAGUUUGCGGGCGAAAGAACAAAAAUACAUGACGAGCCCAAAGAAAUUCAAUCACAACAGUAAACCAGCCUGGGAAGGCCAACUUCGGAACAGUAAAUCCGUUGAAGCCGUGAACCCAAACGUUGCGUCGGUUCGUGCGAUGACCGACCGCGUGCUUCACAAACCCCCGAUCGCCGAGAAGCCAAAAGUUUGCUCGGCAGGCUGCAUUCCUACGAAUGCAAGCCGAGCACCUACCCAAAACAGGCCUCCUCAGCUCCCUCUCACGACUGCAUCUCAAGUUGUACGAGGACCCAGGCAGUGCACUAUUGUUUCCACCAUCAGCAGACUUCUGGAGGAGGAGUCUGAUGGUGCUGGAGGUGGCAGUUCAAGUGAACCUUCUUCGCCCGAAGCAACCCUCAAACCUCAAACUCCACGGGUCAUCAGACUGGCGCGUCAGUACGAAGGAAUCGUAGCCUCCAAGCGGCCUAAUACAGACACUUCUUCUUCUGCUGCGAACUCUGCGUCACCUGAAUUCAUACGCAGCCAGGAACGUGUCAUUAAGAGUCUACUCAUGGACGAAUACGAGGUCACUAGUGGCUACAACAGCGACGCCAUCAGCGACCACGACUACGAGAACAUUCGCCUGGCCUCCGACUCUGUGUCGACGUCGUCGUCCUCGCAUAACCUCAGGAGCGAGUCCAGAGAGGACGGCCGCGACGAGGGUGACGAAGAAGGCUAUGUCGAGGAGGAGGAUAACUACGUGGUCCUGCAGCCCACAAUGCUGGACAACACAAACACCAGCGUUUGGGAGGUAACGGAGAGCGAGGACUUGCCUAUCUACAGCAACGUGAACUUCGACACCUCAGAGCUAGCUUCUGGUGGGCGUCUUCAGAUGCCCAUACCAAGCAGGGGCGUCACCAGAUCCAAGAGCCUCGACGACAUUUUGGAAACUAACCUGGACUCUCCGGUCCUCAGGCCUGUGUCCGUGCCAAGCACUCCUUCUAAGCUGCAGGAAGUUGUGCAGUCAUGCUCUUCGCAAGGCGUCACCGACAACCAGUCGCGAAGUCGUCUCACCUUUGGCCAGAUGAUCCCGGACCGACGCCCGCCCGAUCACAUGGCGGACAACUUCGAAGAGUUCACACUGGACUCCCUGGUGCUGGACGAGGACCAGGAGAGCGCCAGAGCCACGCAUUUCAGAAACGAAGCAAACAACAGGAAAGGCAAAGAAAAUCUUCUGCCCACUUAUGAGUUACGAAGAUGUGGCGAUGGAGCAGAGAUGCAGAGCGACUCUCCUCCUGCGCAAGUCACGUCGGCGACGGCGGAGUUGUGUGCGUCGUGCGUGGGGGCUCCGAACGUCGCUGCCGGCGGCGGCAUCAACUGCCACACGUACGAAAAGUUCCUGGAAGCGACAGGACUCAGUCAGAAGUCAAUCCUUACACCAUCACGGAUGUUUUCUAAUCAUAGGUCUAUGUUGAAGCCUCGCGACAUCAAACAUCGGGAUAAGUUACGAGCGGCCUUCACGACACUUGCUACUCUCGAAGAAGCUCCCAGUCCCACGCCUCAGAACCCGUCUCGGUACUGGACCGAACCGUACUUAUGAGCCUGUGGAGACUGCAGCUGACUGCAUAAUAUCGAACAAUUCCGCAUCGAAGUUGGCGAGCUACUCGAAAAAUCAAUAAGUAGCGUUCGUUACAGAUUACCAUUUACUUGAAUUUGAUACUACGUUUUACAGUUUUAUUAUCGAUGAAACUGCGCGAGCGAUUAAUUACCGAUUUAUCAUUUCCUGGUUACGAUCUAAAAUGAGGAGGUUGUACGUGAAUAUUCCCUAACUUUGCAGUAAUGUUAUAUACUCAAUCCCUAGUAUUCGGUAUUAUGUACCUUAUUUUGCGUCUUAAUUCCUCUAUAAACAUAAAGUGGUGUGCGUUUUUUCAUAUAAAUAACAGCAUUAAUUAAAUGUUAUAAUUACAUGGAUGACAUUGGUAAUUGCGUAUAAAGAAUAAUUUAUCGUUGAGGCACUAAGUUUUGUAUCUGAAUAUGCAUGGCUGAAUGAAAUGUUUAUUUUUUGUAGCUUACCUGUAAAACAGUUCCAUUACUUGUACCUAUCUCGUAUCUUAAGACUAAUUUUAUGCAAGUAGUUAGUGAAUAUACACAGAUGAUAUGAAAUAGUUACUGUGCUGUAUAUUUUGCAAUUGAUUCCAAUAGUCUUCGCGUAAGAAUUGAGAAGAAACAUCACGUUCGCUGAUGAACGAAGUUUUUUUUCACGUUCUAAUCAUUCCGAGUUUUUUCGUUUCCUUCUCGACUCGUCAACAUGGAUAACAUGGUAAUUAAGGAUAUUAAAAAAAUUAAUCAGCUUUUCAGUUAUCCGAUUUUGAAUUGAAAUGAAUUGUUAAGUUCAUACAUUGAAAUGUGUCAUUUCGAAUCAUGACAAACAUGGCUGCUUUAAUUCCCCUCACUGGGCUCGACCCUUGACCUCAAGAAUUUUGCUGGCUUGCUCAUAGAAAUAAAAUAGGCCUCCGAUAGACGACAGUAUGUAUAAUAUUCAUAUACAAAUUUUCAGUUUGGUCGAUGACUGAGUCAUUCAAAGUCUCGAGAAUCAACAGUUUGAUUACUUCUGGGUCAGAGAGAAUCAAACUGGUGAUGUGUCCGUGAGUGAUCAACUAAGCCGCCAAGAUUACAUUCAUCCGCAUUCUAGACGCCGUGGUUUGCAUUUCUGGAGUAUCAUCCUGACGUCUAGACUUUCAGUUUAGGUGUCGUGAGAGCAACAGCUCUCGUUUGGCUUGUUAAAAACACCAUGCCAGUAAAAACAUCGGGAGCUUCAGUGAGGGAGAACUAGUAGGUAACAGGCAUGUUUAUAGAGGUAUAGUAUUAACUGGUGAAAGGUUACGAGCGAUUGACUGUUGUUGGUGAUAUACCCGAUCAUUCUGUACUAUUGAUAUUUCUGAUACUUGUACAUAACACUCAGUGAUCUGGUAACAGAUCUAAGUAACAAGUCUGGUAAA